AAGAAGCUUAUGGCGGCGCGGAACAGAGGCCACUAGAGACCGUUAACCCACGCGCCGCACACCAAAAAACACCAUGCUCGCGUCCGGGACGCCCUUCUUCCAGGAGUUCCACUGCGUUCUCCAGGACGACGCGUUGGGGUUGCUCAUCAAGCCCAUGAACGACAUCCCCGUGGUCCGGGGCCUGAAGCCCGGCGCCGACGGCAUGCCGGGCGCGGCCGAGCGCGCGGGCGUCACCGUCGGGAGCAUCCUCGUCGCCGUCAACGGCCGCGAGACGCUCCGCGAGGGCUUCAAGGCGACGAUGCUCGCGGCGAAGACCGCGAGCCGCCCCGUGACCCUGGGCUUCCGGCGCCUCCACGCGGUCACGGAGCCCGUACCGGAGCAGGGCCCGCGGCCCGCGCGACGCUACUGGCAGGGCUACCUCUUCGCGCGCUUCGCGGCCGCGCGGAGCUGGACGGGCCGCUUCUACGUCCUCCGCGAGGACGGCGAGCUGCGGGCCUACCCGGGCAAGGACCUCGUGGACGGCGGCCACGUGGAAGACUUGAGAGUCGUCCACGCGCCCCUGCGGGCGUCGGCGGAGGACGUCGCGGCGGCCGCGCGGACCGUGGGCGACUUGGGCGACGACGGCCGCGGGAGCCUGGACCCGCGCGCGUUCGCGGCGCCCGUCGUCGACGGCGACGUCGGCGCCGCGCGCGACGGGCCGAGCGACGCGACGCGCUGGGCCUUCUUCCGCGGCGAGACGCCCGAGGCGCGCCUGGACUGGAUCGCGGCGCUGACGACCUUGGCCGUCGCGUUCGAGGAGAAGGGCGACGACGACGGGUCGUCCGCGGACGCGGGCGCGACGACGGUGGCCGUUGGAUUAGCAUCCGCCAAGCGCGAGGUCGCGCGCCAGGGCUACCUCUGGGUCAAGGCCGUCAAGGGCGACGAGGACGACGACGAGGAGACGCGCGGCGUCGGGGAACUGGUGGCCGCGGCGACGGCCGCGGCGACGCUCGAGGUGUCCCAGCGCCUCGCGCCCUGGCGCCGGCGCUGGUUCGUGCUCUCCGAGGCCGGCGAGCUGCUCUGGUACGUGUCGCCGCCCGCCGACGACGGCGAGGUGCCCACGGGCCGCUUCGCGUCGCUCGAGGACGCGACGGUCGCGCUCGCCGCGGUCGCGGACAGGGCGACGCUCGAGGGCGUCGACCCGUCCGAGGCCGCGCACCGGCGGCGGCGCUUCGAGUUCUCCGUGCGCGAGGCGCGGGGCGAGCGCCGCACCGUGAAGCUCACGGCGCUGUCGGCCCACGAGGGCAAGCAGUGGGUCGCCGCGCUCGAAGCCGCGGCCGCGCUGAAAGUCGAGCCGUUGCCGGUCGUCGACGACGGCGGCGACGACGACGCGGCGGGUCCGACGACCGAGGAGCCCUGCGACGAGGAGCCCGUCGAGAAGCCGCGGCCGCCGAGCCGGAGCCCGUCGGAGCGGCCCACGGAGAAGCCGCGCGAGGUCUCGGACGAGAAGGACCGCGAGGCGCGGCUCAUCGCGUUGUCGGCGAACCCGGGCGUCGUGCUCAAGCUGCCCGAGGCGGCCUACGGCCUGCUCGUGCCCCGGGGCAGCGGCGGCGGCGGCGUGGACCGCGGCGCGUUCACGGCGCUCGCGGGCCAGCGGCUCGUCCCGCUUUGCGACUGCUACGUCGCGGACCUCGUCUACGACGCGCUGCUCGCGUCCCAGGCCGCGGGCGGCGCGCGCGACUCGCCGCAGACCGUGGCGCAGAACACGGGCCUGACGAAGGUGCUGUCGCUGGGGAAGACGGAGAGCCCCCGCGGCGACGUCGACGAGGACUUCCUCGGGAAGAACCUGUUGGGCAAGAUCGGCGGGCUCAAGGCCUACACGUCGGCGAAGAAGGGGCUCACGCGGGCCGCCGCCGACGCCGGCGCCGUCGUCUCCGAGCUGCUCUACGAGGCGCAGGCGAAGGGGCUGAAGUCGUCGCGCGACGCGGCCGCGAAACGCGCGUCGGCGAACGUGCAGACGAGCCGGCGGGCCGCGGAGCCCAUCCAGGGCACGUCGAGCCUGCUGGGCUACGACGCCUUCCGGCGCUACUGCGACGGCGCGCGCGAGUCCUUCGGGGCCGUGCCCGGCGUCGAGCGCGACGCGUGGGACGAUCUGCGCGUGAAGUUGGGUUUGGACAAAUACGAGAUGCUCGCGCUCCGCGAGGACUACGCGACGGACGUGCUCGACGAGGGCGAGUGCUUCCUCGAGGCGCCGGACCCGAACGACGCCUAUGUGUCGCCCGUGGCGGGGGAGCCCAAGCGGCCGGAGCGCGAGGGGAGCAAGGGAGCUCACCGCGGCGGCGUGCUCUACCUCACGAACCGCCACUUGCUGCUCCACCGGCCCCAGGACGCGACGGUGCGCCUCAUCCCGCUGGACUUCGUGGAGUCGGCGUCGCCGGCGGAGCGCGGCGAGGCGGCGUUCGUGCUGAAGAAGGCCGAGGUGCACACGAUCCGGCUGGGCGCAAAGUCGAAGGACGAGGAGGAGCCCGAGGACACGCUGUCGCCGCUGGGCGCCUACCCCGGCGGCGGCCGCAUCUUCGGCAACGACAGCACCUUCCACCAGCCCCUGCUGAGUCUCGAGGCGCUCCGCGAGGCCGACGGGCCGCCGCUGCCCGAGGCCAGGCGCCACGAGGCCGACGCCGACGGCUCCGACGUCGAGGACGCGGUCGCGCUGGGCUUGGAGGACCGGCCGCGGAAGGCGCGGCGGCGGCCGUCGUCCAACGGCCACCCCGACGACGAGGGCCAGCGCUACGAGUGCGCGCGCGCGUCCGAGUACGCCGUGUUCCUACCGCGGCUCCGCAGGGACCGGAGGAAGCGCGACCGCGAGCAUCUGUGGCUCGAGUCCGUCGUCGAGCUCGUCGCCGCGGUGCGCUUCGACCGGGCCGUCGCGGCGCGCGACGGUGCCGCUUUGAGGGACUACGCGCCGCCGGGGUUCGUGUUGGCGCCCGCGUACUCCGCGGACGUUGCUCUGCUGGUCCGCGACGACGCGCGCCGGUUCCCGUCCCAGGGCCCCCUCUUCGAGGCGCGGCGGCGGCCCGGCGGUCUGUGGGCCGCGGCGAACGUGCUCCGACGGGCGGCGCUGCUCAAGGCCUGCCGGCGGUUGCCCAAGGGCCUCGCGUUCUUCUCCGCCGCGCGGCGCGAGCGCGAGCCGUCGAAGCCCCUCGCGGACUACCUCGUCGGCGAGGGCGUCUUCCUGCGGCGCGACGCGAGCGUGGACGACGGCUGCUGCGCGCGCAUGGAGGACCGGUCCUGGCUGCGGGGGCUGCUCGUCUUCGCGGCGCGGUCCGACGACCUCGAUCGGCGGUGGGCCAAGGAGGUGCGGUCCUUCGCGCCGGCGCGCUUCCGCGACGAGUGGCACGUCUUCUGGGCCCACGUGGACCCCAUCUGGGACGGCUUCUACGACACGGCCGUGUCGCUGCGGCGCUGGGACCGGCCCGCGGCGUCGGGCGGGCUCUGCGGGGGCCUGCUGCUCGUCGCGUACGCGGACGCGCUGGCCUGGCUCCCCUGCCUGCUGGCCCUGGCCUACGCGGCCUUCGUCGUCUUCUACGGCGCGGCCGUCGAGGCGGAGCGGGGCAAGCGCCGGGCGCACAAGCGGCGCGUCGGCGUCGACAGGCGCGAGGCCAGGGGCGCCGGCAAGGACGACGAGCCGGGCGUCAUCGCGAACCUCGCGCGGCGCCUGUCGCUGCCGUCGACGCCGGCGAAGCCCGGCGGCUCGUUGCCGCCCGAGGCGCCGGCGGACGACGGGCUGUUGGGCGACCAGCCGUCCGUGGACCGGUCGCCCGCGAAGUCGCAGCUGCAACAUCUCGCGCACGAGUUCGGCGUCUUCGGCCAGCUCCGCGAGCUGCGCCAGGGCCUCGGCAAGGCCCAGGCGAAGCUCCACGAGUACAACACCUACCUCCUCCAGUGCCGCGCGCUCCACCGCUGGGCGGACCCGGACCGCACGUGGCUCUUCGUCGCGGGCCUGUUGUUGUUCGCGGUGACGGCCGCGGUCCUCCCGCUCAACUACUUGUUCGCCCUGUUCGUGCUCUACUUCUUCUCGCCGCCCCUCUUCAAGACGCGCGGCGUGUCGCGGGCGACGCAGGACGAGUACUUCGAGCACAUGCCCGUGCUGAGCCGGACGCACGGCAACGUCCACGUCGCGGCGCUCCGGAAGCGCGCGGACCACCGGCCCCACGCGAGCCCGCUCCUGCGGGCGCUGCGGCGGCGGGGCGGGAAGUAAUUUUCAGUGGUGUC